AUGGAGAGGCCAGAAUCACGGUGCCCUCCACCGGGCUUCCUCCGGCUAUUCGUCCUCACAUGCCUCCUGAUCCUGACAGCUGUUCUGACGUUUCCCAUGCUCAGGACCUUUAGCCUCUGGCUCCACUCCUCCCUCACUGGGAGCUAUGUCUCUGGCUCGUAUUCCAUCGUUUUUGUCAACUGUCCCAAUGAGCAAAUUGCCAGAGACAUCGCCAGGGCCAUCCUGGAUAAGAAGAUGGCUUCGUCUGUGAACAUUUCGCCUAAGAUCUCUUCAUUGUACUUUUGGAAAGGAGAAAUAGAAGAAGGCACCGAGGUCUUGUUGCUAAUAAAGACAAAGACUUCCAAAGUCUCCCGGCUGUUCGCCUAUAUAAGGUUGGCCCAUCCUUUUGAAAUCCCAGAGGUCUUCAGUAUUCCCAUGGACCAAGGAGAUGCUCGCUAUUUAAAAUGGCUUGAGGAGGGCAUGAAGGAGAACUAAGGAGAGAGAGAAGCUCAUCAUGCAGGCUGCUGGCUC